UCCAGUGACAUCCACGCGACGAUGAGGUGAAGCGGUUGUUUUCGACUCAACCGUUGUGACUAGCUGCCUGGGAAGCGAGCAAAAAACGCCUUUUAUACCGGAAUGAUCGCGGUGUGAUCGGCCUGAAGCGUUUCCGUUUCCCCCGGGGAUUACUGCCAGCCUGAGGGUUUCACCCCCAGCUUCGUUUUCCGUGAGUUUAUCGCCAUGUUAUCAUCGGUUCCCACCAGGCUAAUUGCGCGAAGGUCGCGCAGCCUGUCACCGUGCAGCCGCGUCCUCCAGACCAGCGCCAGCGGCGGAGCAUGUCACGGCAUCCGGGACACACCGGCGGAGAUCAACCGCAACCCCAUAGUGUCCACCUCCCGGGUCUCCAGACGGGGGAUUUUAGCCGAGGACAGCGCUUGUACCAGUGUGAACCAGGCGGUGCAGUACCACCAUCUCACCCCCAGAUGGCUGUCCAGCCUGGAGAACCGCCGCAGCUCGUGGGCGGCUCUGGCCAGCAGGGGGCGCAACAACAACCAGUACUGGGAGGACAGCGGCCAGAGCGGCGGGGGUCAGGGCCGGGGCACAGGUGGAGGAGCUGGCCGGGCAGGACUGGCCUCUGCCGGGGUGCUGUCUGCUGCAGCCGUGGCCUUCUGCCUGAAGAAAGACUCUGAUAAUAAAGGUGAUGCUCUUCUGGAGGCAGCAAGGACCUGCAACGCUGAAGAUGCGGCCAGGUUGGUAAAAGAGGGGGUGGACCCGAACCACCGCCACCGUCUAGGUUGGACCGCUCUCAUGGUGGCUGCUAUGAAUCGACAGCACAGUGUGGUGAAGGUUCUGCUGGAAGCCGGGGCUGACCCCAACGCCGGAGAUAACUUCAACAACGUUUACGACACCUCACGGGAGAAAGGCAUCCACUCACUGGAAGUCCUCGUGUCCAGAGAGGAUGAAUUCAGCAGCAGGCUCAGCAGCAGGGCUGGCUUCCGGGGUUGCACGGCUCUUCACUACGCCACACUGGCUGACGACCCACGCACUGUCCGCAUGCUGUUAGAAGCUGGUGCCAACCCCCUGCAGACCAAUGGUUUGGGACACACAGCACGGGCCUACGCUAAGGAGGGAGAAGUGGGCAAAGUCCUGCAGGAGUUUGAGAGCAAGUUCCAGGAGGUGCAGGCUCGGCGGGAGGCGGAGGAGAGGAGGAGGUUCCCCCUGGAGAGGAGGCUGAAGGAGCACAUCAUCGGACAGGAGGGGGCCAUCAAUACUGUCGCCUCAGCCAUCAGGAGGAAGGAGAAUGGUUGGUACGACGAAGAGCAUCCUCUCGUAUUCCUCUUCCUCGGCUCAUCAGGAAUCGGAAAGACAGAGUUGGCCAAACAGGUGGCUCGCUACAUGCACAAGGACGUUAAAAAGGGUUUUAUCCGUAUGGACAUGUCCGAGUUCCAAGAAAAACACGAGGUGGCGAAGUUCAUCGGCUCCCCGCCUGGAUACGUGGGACACGAGGAAGGGGGCCAGCUGACCAAGCUUCUGAGGGCGUGUCCCAACGCUGUUGUCCUGUUUGAUGAAGUAGACAAGGCCCACCCAGAUGUUCUGACUAUCAUGCUGCAGCUCUUUGACGAGGGUCGCCUCACAGACGGUAAGGGGAAGACCAUCGAGUGUAAAGACGCCAUCUUCAUCAUGACAUCUAACAUUGCGAGUGAUGAAAUCGCCCAGCAUGCACUGCAGCUUCGGGAGGAAGCUGAGGAGAUCAGCCGCAGGAAGCUGGCCGACAACCUCAAGGAUGUACAGAAAAGUGAUGACAUCAAAAUCUCGCGUCAAUUUAAAGAAUCUGUGAUUCGACCGAUUCUGAAGGCUCAUUACCGGAGGGACGAGUUUCUGGGUCGGAUCAAUGAGAUUGUGUACUUCCUGCCGUUCUGUCACUCCGAGCUGCUUCAGCUGGUCAGCAAAGAGCUCAACUUCUGGGCCAAGAAGGCCAAACAGCGCCAUGACAUCACUCUUCAGUGGGAGAACCCGGUUCUGGACCUGUUGGCGGGCGGCUAUAACAUGCACUACGGAGCACGCUCCAUCAAACACGAGGUUGAGCGUCGGGUUGUCAACCAGUUGGCAGCAGCGUACGAGCAGGAGCUGCUGCCCAAGGGCUGCACCCUGCGUCUGUCUGUCCAAUCAGAGGACCAGGAGGAGCGCAGCGCACCCAGCCUGCGCCUUGAGGUGGUGGGAGAGGACAGCUCGUCAAGGACGCUGGACAUCCGUCCACCGCUCAGCCCCGAACACUAACACAACACAGAGUAUAUAUCCAGAUAUUUAUGCACACAUUCCUCACACAUAUCAUCAUCGUCAUCAUCAUCGCGACAGAAGGAUGGAUGGUUCUUGAUGGAUGUUACCAAUAAAAGUACCUCUGAUAAACACAUCACUGCCUCUCUGUUUCAGUACACAUGCAGUAAUUACCUGCCAACUUCUCUGCAACAUGCAGUACAAUAUCUGCCAACAACGUGUGCUAUAAACAGUGUGUUAAGUCAACCUACUUGACCAUUCAAUUAAUCGGACAACAGACUUUCAUAUCAGCAGAGAGCCGAUAUCAACAGCUGUGCACACGGUCUCAUUAGAUAGAAAGUCUAAGUGUAACUUAACGUGUUGCAGACUGUGAACGUAGCGUAGAGGCUUCAGAGUGCCGGAGCAGCUUCAUGAACAUCAAACAUCUCAUUAUCAGUGGAUUGAAGCCAUCGUAUUCCCUGAAUCUAAAGCUUUGCAUCAUUAUAUUUAUAGUAGCCAACUGUUAGAAGUGACAUAGAAGUGAGUUAAUGUCCAUCUUAUAGUGUAGAACACUGAAAACAGCCAAAUUAUUUAAUAUUUAUUAAAGAUAUAUAUGUUAGGUUUAGGGCAAUGAACAGAGGUAUAUCUGAAAGUAAAAGGAAUGGUAGUUUUGUCAUGAAAUGGGAAAAAAUCUAAAUGGAUAUUGACAGAAGGUUAAAGUGAGGCAAAACUUUAAUCUCUUAAAAUAAGUUUUUCGAUUUAAGAGAUACAAAUGUUUUUCUAAAGUUGGGUAAAUAAUAAUUACUUUGAGCUUGAGUUUGCUGUGGAGGAAAGAAAAGUAUUAAUGACCAAAGAUAGUUUGACUUUGCCUCAGAUUGUUGUUCACAUUUCCCUUAUAGAGAAAUCCUCACCAGCACAGCUUCACUGAUACAUAUUUGUAAACACAACCUUAUUCAUUUCACUUUAAUAAUGAAUGUGUUAGUGGAGAACAUACCAAGCAGAAAUGUAUAGCAGCCCGUUUGAAUGAUGGGUAAUAUGACUGCCUUGUGAAUUGUUUCUGUUGAUGCAUGUUGCUGUAAAGAAGUCUCGUCUGUCACAACGGCGUGCUCUGCUGCUGUACUGUGUGUGACAUUAAGAGAAAUCUAGAGUCAUAAAGAAAUAAUAUUCAAAGUGUUGUUUCAUAAAUGUUUGAACAGCGUCUUGACGAGGCGCCAAAUGUAAUCGAGCGACAUUUUUCAUUCUUGUAUCCCAACCUCCACAGCGUAAAUAAAGUCAU